AUGAAGAGAUAUUCACUACGCAAAGAGAGAAAAAGAGAAGGCAAAGUUGUUGAAUACGAGAGAAUGAGUUGGGAUGCAUUGAAGAAGACUAUCAAUGGAUUGAUGAAUAAGGUGAACGCGAUCAACAUUAAAAACGUCAUUCCUGAAUUAUUUUCAGAGAAUUUAAUUCGAGGGAGAGGCUUGUUCUGUAGAUCAAUCAUGAAGUCUCAAAUGGCUUCUCCAAUAUUCACUGACGUGUUUGCUGCGUUAGUUUCUGUUGUUAACAGCAAAAUCCCAGUAAUAGGAGAUCUUUUGUUAAGAAGAUUGAAACUUCAACUGAAAAGACCUGUUAAUAAGCCUCAGUUGUUAUCAUCUGUCAAGUUUAUUGCUCAUCUUGUGAAUCAGCAAGUCGUUCACGAGCUUAUUGCUCUCCAAUUACUUACUGUUUUUCUGGAGGAACCCACUGAUGAUAGUGUUGAGGUUGCAGUUAGUUUCGUUACGGAAUGUGGUUCGAUUCUUCAGGACCUGUGUCCGUUUGGGUUGCACGCUGUUUUUGAGCGGUUUCGAGGGAUACUUCAUGAAGGAGAAAUUGAUAAAAGGGUUCAGUUCUUGAUUGAAAACGUUUUUGCGUUGAGAAAAGCAAGGUUUCAGGGAUAUCCGGCUGUUCGUCCUGAACUUGACCUAGUUGAGCAGGAAGAUCAAUUAACUCAUGAAAUCUCUCUAUCAGAUAAGGUAGAUUCAGAAAUUGCUUUAGACGUUUUCAGGCCGGAUCCUAAUUUUGCAGAAAAUGAAAAGAAGUAUGAAGAGUUAAAGAAGAUGAUACUAGGUGAAGAAUCUGAGAAAGAAGAAGAUUCUUAUGCAGAAUCAGAUGAAGAAGAUGAUGAAGAGCAAAGGGAAAUAAAAGAUGAGACGGAGACAAACUUGAUCAAUCUUCGAAGGACGAUCUACCAGACGAUUAGGUCAAGUGUUGAUUUUGAAGAAGCAGGGCAUAAGCUAUUGAAAAUUAAAAUAGAACCUGGUCAGGAGAAGGAAUUAUGCAUAAUGUUAUUGGAGUGUUGCAGUCAGGAGAGGGCUUAUCUCCGUUACUAUGGACAGUUGGGGCGACGGUUUUGCAUGAUCAACAAAGUUUAUGAGGAGAAUUUUGAUAAAUGCUUUGUGCAGCAAUACUCCAUGAUCCACCGUCUUGAAACUAAUCAACUACGCAAUAUGGCUAAGUUUUUCGCUCAUUUACUCGCUACUGAUGCACUGCCUUGGGAUGUUUUGGUAGUACGUCUGACAGAAGAGGAUACUACGUCUUCUUCUCGUAUAUUUAUCAAAAUUCUAUUCCAGGAGUUGGCAGAGCACCUUGGCAUCCGUUUGUUGAACGAACGUCUUAAUGAUCCCAGUACGCAACAGUCUUUUGAGUCAAUACUUCCAAAGGAUAAUCCAAAAAAUACGAGGUUUGCUAUCAACUUCUUCACUUCCAUUGGUCUAGGUGCAAUAACUGAAAAUUUGCGAGCGUAUUUGAAGAACAUGUCAAAGCUAAUCAUGCAAGAACAAAAGUCUGUCCCAAAAUCAAGUGAAUCAUAUAGUUCUAGUUCUGAUUCAGAAUCUUUGGGGUCUGACUCAGAAUCUGACAGCAGUGACAGGGAAAGAGACGAUCGUCAAAGGAAGAGAAGGAGAAGAACUUAGAAUUUUUAGAUUACCAAGUCUUUUAAGUCUGAAAUUGUAGUUAAAUGUUUUUUGUAUAUCAUUUCAUUUCAGUUGUCUGAUAUUCUAAUUUGACAAACUAGUCACUCUGGUGUUGCUAUCAAAGAAGACUGUACAAUGUAAAAUCCCUAAUGCUACACCCUGCUAUAAAUUCUGGACAAAAUAGUUAUAAUGAUACAUGUGUGAAGAUGAUCGUUAAACUCCAUAAA